CUUCUCUUUUGUCCUCCAUCACCUUUAUAGGAAGAUCACAGAAGAAGCCUAACAGCCAGACCUUUUGCAGGCAUCCUUCAGAAGCAUUCAUCCCAGGUCUUCCUGUUGUGGCUUUCUUCAGAACUGUUCAUUCCAGGUCAUCGCUGUUUCACAGCCAUUAUGCCUAAACGCCAAAAGUUUAAAGCGGGGACGGGAAUCGCAACUACUCUUGUCGAUGCAGCGAUUUCAGCCGGUGGUCCGACUGCUGCUAUGGAUCUUAUGAAUCCCAUGGCAGUCGGUGGUGAAGUUGCUGGACUCAUUCCAACACAUCGCGAGUGUUCCAUUGAGAUUACAAAUACAUGCUCUGACUAUGCCCUCUGUGUGCCAAGUGUAUAUGUGAACAGUGGUUCCUGUGCCCAAAGUCUGCCACUAACCAUUCACCCAUCUUCAUCUGGGAAAGCACUGUUCACCAAGACUCCCAACACUGCCCGAGGAGCUGUUGGCGUCUUCACCUAUGAUCUACACGACAAAUCAAAUGAGUCCACUGAGAAAAUAGCUGUCAUGUUCUCUGUGCCCUAUGAUUUCAACCUGUACUCCAACUGGUAUGCAGUGGGAAUCUUUGACAAGAGCACAGAGUGUAAUUAUGAUCUUUAUCAUAAGAUGUACAACAACACUGACAUAACGUUUGUCAGAAAAAAUGCAGGCCAAGGUCUCAGCUACAAGAAACACAGGGUUACCAUCUUGGCGUCAAUGUCAGACACUCACCAACCUGAACUGAAGGUGGAAGUGAAAGAUGACUGAAAUAAAAUAAUUCACAAGUACUGAAAUGUAGAUUGUACUGCAGUCAGAAAAUUAAACAUUUGCGCAUUUUCAAAAAUAUUCCAGUGAAUUUAUAGAUGAUUCUGUGUCAGUGGCUAAUAUAUAACUACCAAGUGUAAUUUUGAUUAAUUUUGUUCUGAGCAUAAAAAUGUAGGAAUAUAAAUUUAAAAUCUUAUUGGUUUACAAUAAUAUUCCACUGAUUCUGUGUUAUAUGUAGUAUAUGUGUGAUAUAUAAUUAUUGUAGUAAAGGAAAAAAGCAUGGGUUUGAUGGAUUAAACUGUGGCUUUAACUGUUUUUAAUAUCACUUUAAAUAACUUCAAUAAAUAUGCAAAGUCAG